GCCGCCGCCCCGCGCCCGGGCACCAUGCUGCCCUCGCAGGAGGCCUCCAAGCUCUACCACGAGCACUACAUGCGGAACUCGCGGGCCAUCGGCGUGCUAUGGGCCAUCUUCACCAUCUGCUUCGCCAUCAUCAACGUUGUGGUCUUCAUUCAGCCCUAUUGGGUGGGCGACAGCGUGAGCACCCCCAAACCUGGCUACUUCGGUCUCUUCCACUACUGUGUGGGCAGCGGGCUGGCGGGCCGCGAGCUCAUCUGCCGAGGCUCGUUCACCGACUUCAGCACCAUCCCGUCCGGCGCCUUCAAGGCGGCCGCCUUCUUCGUGCUGCUCUCCAUGGUGCUGAUCCUCGGCUGCAUCACCUGCUUUGCGCUUUUCUUCUUCUGCAACACGGCCACGGUCUACAAGAUCUGCGCCUGGAUGCAGCUCUUGGCAGCUCUCUGCCUCGUCCUGGGCUGCAUGAUCUUCCCCGACGGCUGGGACGCCGAGACCAUCCGGGACAUGUGCGGGACCAAGACCGGGAAGUACUCGCUGGGGGACUGUUCGGUGCGCUGGGCCUACAUCCUGGCCAUCAUCGGCAUCCUCAACGCGCUCAUCCUCUCCUUCCUGGCCUUCGUGCUGGGCAACCGGCAAACAGACCUGCUGCAGGAGGAGCUCAAGCAGAACAAAGAUUUCGUGGGCUCCACAGUCAGCUCCGUGUUGCGGCCAGGGGGCGACGUCUCUGGAUGGGGAGUCCUUCCCUGCCCCGUCGCUCACUCCCAGGGGCCCUGAAGGCCAGCGCCGCCUCCGGAACCCACCUGCCCGCGGCC